AUGGCUGAGACUUCCUCUUCAGCCACCGAGGUGAGCGGACGCGGAAUGUCGGGCUCUUCGCGAGUGGCUUCAGCGACCCUUUUGGGCCGCGGUAUCAGGUCAACUGAGAAACCAGGUCAGGACUACCAAAUGAUUUUACCAACGCUGCCAACAGGUGCGUCCGUUCUGCAUACAGUGUUUUCACAUGGUGACGUUAAGGCGAGGCCUUACAGAGUGGAACAUUUUCGAGACGCUCUUACACGGCUGUCUCUCAUGCCGGAAGUGGUUACACUGGGUGCUUAUCAAAUGAACCAUCUGUGGGCGGUGACUUUCAAGGACGAAGAAGGGAAAAAGAAGAUUAUCGCUGCAGACGCGUUUGAUGUCAAGGACCACCGCUGUGUGGUCGUCGACCCGUGUGACAGAGGCGUCCGUAUCAAGCUCAACUGGCUCCUUCAUGGUGUACCUGACGACGACGUUCGCACUGCCUUGUCGCCUUUUGGCAAGGUGACUGAGAUCACCAGGGACAGGUGGCGGGUACAAGGAUGCGUUGACAAAGGGUCAACCACCCGUACUGUCACUAUUAAGCUGAAAGCAGGCGUCACCGCUGAAGACUUGCCCCACCAGCUGCGAGUGGCGGAAGAUGUUGCGCUCGUGCACGUCCCUGGCAGAGCUCCCCUCUGCCUCCGAUGCCGUGGCAUCGGGCACAUACGACGCGAGUGCCGUGUACCACGCUGUGGGCUUUGUCGUCGUUUCGGCCACGACGAGACCCAGUGCGUCCGAACCUAUGCCACAGUGACAGGCCCGGCAUUGAAGGAAGAUGUCACAGAUCACUUGAUGGACGUGGUCGACGCAGUGGAAGCUGCAGGCGAAGGGAAAGAGACCCAGCCCUCGGCGUUAACGCCCCUGAAGAAGGCAACGACUGUUAAUGAAGACGAGUCAUCGGACGGCUGGAAAGACCCAUGGUAUGACACGGUGGAACCAACUAACUCAACAGAGGUCGAGGUAAAAGAGGCCAAAGAUACGUGCACAUCAACAGAAGUGACGACCGGCGAAGAGCAUGACACUGAUGACACCGUGAUGGCAACGUCAAGUAGUGCACCUGCUACGAGGCUUCACGAAGAGGCGGAUGAGCAAGAUGAAAAGGAUCAAGAGACUGGGAAUGAUGAGCCUCCUCCGAAAGCUACCCCGGGACGCCGACCGGCGUUCAAGCCCAAGCCCGGCGUUCCAGCCAAACGCCGUUCUACAACCCAGAGCGGAGGCGUUCCUGGCCAGAGCGAGUCGGGGUACCGAUACCGGAGCCACCUGAAACUUUUGGAGCUCUUCUCAAACAACAAGCCUGAGUUCCCGCAAGGCAUACUGGAUUGCGUCGACAGAGAUUUCCAAAAUAAGGCGGGCGAGCUGUCGGGAUUCUUCCUCGAGCUCGUGAUAGGCGGCGACGUCGAGAUUGACGUAUCGGAUGGAGUCGAGAGUCAUCAUCGUGUUCCUGCCGUGGCGGCAUACCUCGACGACAUCCUUGUGGCCACCGAAAUAGCAGAGGAGCACCACGAAGUCCUCAUGGAGGUUCUCAACCGACUGUCAAAAGCAGGACUGCGUAAACAAGGCGACAAGUGUCAGUUCUUCAAAGAGAGCCUGGAGUACUUGGGACACCGGAUAGAUGCAAAUGGCAUCUAUCCGUCAAGGGCUAUAGUCGAGGCGUUUCACAAAGCACCUGCACCAAAGAACAAGGAGCUCCAAGCUUUUCUAGGUAUGGUGAAUUUCUACAAUCGCUUCCUAUUGGGUCGGUCUGAAGUUGCAGAAGUGCUCUACCGCCUACUGGGCGACAGUACGUGGAAAUAG